AUGGCAGUGAACAGUCCAGGAGGAGGUUUUGCACCAGCUUCUCCAAAACUUCCCCAUACUCCAAAAAGUCCAAGUCACUUUGUGUUUCCCCAUAAAAGUCCUUCAAUAACCUCCAGUACCUCUUCCUCGGGUUACUACACCCCUCAGUCAGGUUGCAGCUAUGACAAGCAUAAUCAACCGCCAAAAUCUCCGAUAGCCCACGGGCAUCGCAGUCCAAUAAGCCCAAGACAUUUUAAUUUCCCUCAGAAAUCACCAUCAGGACAAUCCAGCCCUUGUUUUGAUCGAGCUCGUGGUUUGCACUACACAACCUCACUGAAGCACAGCCGCAGGGAAAAAUCCAGGUCGCCCAAGCCACCUCCAGUGCACAUUCACACAAAUCCAGGCUAUGUGUCCCCUAAUCGCACAAGAAAACUAUAUGGUUCUACGUCCACAGUUAGCUCACCACGUCUGGUGACAUCCCCAAGCAUAGUGUCCAGUCACACUGAUGAUUCUACAGAAAUGAUGCUGGGAACUCCUUCAGCGAUACUCCACGAUGCAGAUGAUGAGGCAACUACAACAUCCUCCAAAAUAUGUAGAAAGUCUACGUCAGAUUUGACGGAUAUGACUGAUGAUACACCAGUAACGCGUUCCACAAGUGUGAGCAGACCAUGUUCUCCUAUGCGCAGAGGGUCAAUGAAAGGGGGUCUGGCGUACUUAGCAAGCAGGCGUGGUUCGAGAGAGUCUACAAUGUCAAAUUGCGAUUCUGUUGAAGACAUUGGGCCGUUAAACUUUCAAAACACCAUGCGAGGUCGUCAGAGGAGGACAUCAAACUUUCUGGAAUUGCCAGGUGAGUGA